CUGGGCGUCGGGACGGCCGGGGUUGAGCCUCAGGGCGGCUGGGCCGUUUGUUCCCCGCGGUCGGGGCGUCCUGCCGGUUCCUCAGAAACCAGCCUGGCUGCCCCAGUUCCCUCGGCGGCCGAAGCCGCUUUGCUGACCCCCUCAGGUGGUUUCUGCUGGCCGACUCUGGAGGAAGGUUCGGAGCGCCCGCGACUGAACUUCCAGAGAUAACCCACGCCAGCAAGGGAGAAUCGUCGUUGAGAAUGUCAGUGGGGACCACCCUGGCUUGCUGUGAGAAUCACAGGAACAAGGAACCUGUGAAAGGUGCUCCCCCACCGAAAGGCACAGGUUUUUACUGAAGACGUGGAGGCUGAGUGGAUCAAGUUGAUGCAGGUGGAUGCUGGUUCAGCUUUUUCUACACAGAGGGCUCUUUCCAUUCAUCAGGCUCACAGAUACAGAACUUACAUAGCAUUCUGGCAUAGCAAAAUGAAGUGCAAGGAACCAACAGUGACGUAAUUGAAGGCAGUAAAAUCAAGAUCAAAUAGGAGGAUCACUGGUUAGGGAGACUCUGGAGAAUAGGACUCAUCUCGUCAUUCCAUCCAGGGCUCCUCAUGCAAGCAGCCCCGCUUGGCAGUGAGCAGAUUGGCAGCUGUGCUUUUGUGUCCUUGUACCACGAACCUGUGAUGGGACUUUUUCAGAUAAGGUCAAGUUAAACUACAGUAUGUGAAUGGAAAAUAAAGUGAAGCAGUGUUCUAUUAUGUAUUUUUCAGCAGGUCUUCUUGAAAUUUAACUAAAAAUGACACCAGUUUCUUCAGACAACUGCUCUUUUCAGUACCAGUUACAUCAAACAAAUCAGCCUCUAGAUGCUACUUGUCUGUUGUUCUUGAUUGUACUUGGGAAAAUAUUACUAAAUAUCCUCACACUAGCAAUGAGAAGAAAAAAUAGCUAUCAAAAUUUUAUGGAAUGUUUUUGUGUUUCAUUAGCAUUUGUUGAUUUUUUAUUUUUAGUAAACAUUUCCAUUAUAUCCUAUUUUAAAGAUUUUGUACUUUUAGGUAUUAGGUUUACUAAAUACCAUAUCUGCCUCUUUGCUCAAAUUAUUUCAUUUACUUAUGGCUUUUUGCAUUAUCCAGUCUUCUUAAUAUCUUGUAUAGAUUAUUGCCUGAAUUUCUCUAAAUUUACCAAGCUUUCAUCUAAAUGUCAGAAGUCGUUUUAUUUCUUUGUAGUAAUUUUGAUUUGGAUUUCAGUUCUUGCUUAUGUUUUGGGAGAACCAGGUAUCUACCGCAGUCUGAAGGCACAGAAUAUUUAUUCUUACCAAUGUCCUGUCUAUGUCAGCACUCAGAGUUACUGCCUCUCACUUUCCAUGAUUAUAAUUUUAUUUUUGGCUCUUACAACCUCUUGGUCAGAAGUUAUUACCUUGGUACAGGCUAUUCGAAUAACUUCCUAUAUGAAUGAGCCUAUCUUAUAUUUUUCUUCUUCAUCCCUCCCUAGUUACAUUGUAAACUCUAAAAGAAUACUGUUGCCCAAGCUCAUUGUCUGUUUUCUUGGUACCUGGUUACCAUUUGUACUGCUUCAGGUAUUCAUUCUUUUACUUAAAGUACAGAUUCCUGCAUAUAUUGAGUUGAACAUUCCCUGGUUGUACUUUGUCAAUAGUUUUCUCAUUGCCACCAUUUGUUGGUUUAAUUGUCACAAACUUUAUUUAAAAGAUACCUCAUUACCCAUAGACCCAUUUGUUAACUGGAAAUGCUGCUUCAUUCCACUUAGAAUGCAUAAUUUUGGACAAAUUGAAAAGCCUAUAUCAAUAAUAAUUUGUUAAUAUGUUGCCAUUUUAAAACUGAACCAGUUAUAAAAAUCAUAAUCUUAAAAACAGGAAAGAAUGGUGACUCAGGACAUGCCAGAAAGUGGGACUAAACUGAAGCUCUUUUUCCCUCUAACCUUUUAUACUUUUCCAGCAUAUUUUUGGGGUUAUGAUAUAGUUUUCUGUAAAAAACAAAAUAAUGCCAAGAAGUUCUUACGUCUAUUUAGGACUACUGUAUAAAUAAAUUUAUUAAUACAAAAGUGAAAUGAGUUAAUAUUUUACCAUACUGAUGUUCUUGUUGCCCCAAAAAACUGGAUACAAAAUAUUAUACAAAUCUGAGAUUUCACCAACUCUAAAAUAUGAACUUAAACAUUUUAUCAUAUUUAAAAAAUAAAAACCACUUUCUUAGAAUGGUGUGGUAUAAACUUUAAGAGGAAGAUUAGCUCAUUUAAAACUGAGCUAAUUUUUAAAAGUAUUUGUGGAAGAAGAGUUUCAUUUACUCUUUGGAAAUGGGAGUAGUGAGUAGGUUAUCUUCCGUGACAUACUGGAUUUAUUUGGUCAUAUAUUUGCAUAUCAAACCAUAGUCAUACUGUAGUAGUUUAUCACACUGUAAAAGCAAAGUUGCUCAGCCAUGAGGCUGGGAUUUGGGGAUGGGUAAUUAUUUGUGGUGGAGGCUGCUCUCUGCAGUGCAGGGUAAUUAUAAUUAGCAGCAUCUAACAUCCCUGCUUUUUGUCUCCUCAACGCUAACAGCACCUCCUUACCCAGUAGUGACAGUCAGAAUGUCUCCACACAUCAGGCCUCGCCUGGUGGGUGAGCAUAAUGGCACAAGUUAAGAACCACUAGGGUAAAAAACAAUGAGUGGCAGAUACUCUGAUCAUUUAUGUAUCAAGCUAUGUAGAUAUUUUGAUCUAAUUACCACUUACAAAUACUAAAAAUAUACUGUAUAAAUCUAAAAUGAGCAUUUUUAAAACUGGUGUUUU